AUGAUAGUUGAGACAUGGCUUGAUAAUUCUACAAAUACAGAUGAUUUAUUAUUUCCGAAUUAUCAAACAUUUAGACGUGAUAGAGAAAUAGGCCCAAAUGGUUACGGUGGAAUUCUAGUGUACGUUCGUAAUGAUAUAGCUGCUCAAAGAUACAUGCAAUUAGAGAAACAAAGUUUUGAGACAAUGUUUUUUAAAAUAAAAUAUUCAAAAUAUAGAACAGUGUUCUUAGCUAUUUGUUAUCGGCCUAAGUGGGUUGAUGUCGAUUCAUUUACUAAUCAUCUCGAAGAUGUUAUUGAUGAAUUUAGAACUGGUACUAGUUAUCAUUUUAGUGAUUUAAUCUUCAUGGGUGACGUUAAUGGUCAUUGUAAGUUACGGUACUCCAACUCAACCAAAGAAACUACUUCAGCAGGCUCGCACAUAUAUGAAUUUGCUAAUAAAUCAGCACUACUUCAACUAGUUGAUAAAGCGACGCGACCUAAAUCAGAUACAUGUUUAGAUCUUAUUUUUGUCGACAAUUUAACAUGUAUACAAUCAAUACGGCUAUUACCCCAAUUAUGUACUACAUGUGAUCAUUUAAUCGUUAAGGCCAAAAUAAACUGUUCUUCGGAACCUGUUCUAGAAACUCAGCGAGUCAUAUAUAAUUAUAAGGUAACUGAUUGGGAUAAUUAUCGCGCGGAACUUUCAUAUAUGGAUUGGUAUUCAGUGAUCCAUGGCAGUUCUCUAGAUGAUGCAGUUUGUUUAGUACAAAAUAAAAUACUUGGUAUUGCAAAUUCCAUUAUUCCUCAUAAAACAAUAACUGUGUCCUCUAGAGAUAAAGUCUGGUUUAAUGAAAAGUUGCGUUUGAUGCUAUAUGAUAAAAAUAAAGCGUUUUAUUGA